AUGUCAAAUUCCACCGCUCAAGUUUUGAUGAAGAAGGGUAAAAGGGGUGCAGCCGCUUAUAUACACGCGGAUUGUGAGAAUGGAUCCCCUCAGCACUUGGGUCCGUUACUGGACGUGCUCCUCAACCCUAGCAAAGCUAUCGACGAGUGGGAGACGAUAGACUGGUGCCGUUGGUUGCUCGCGGGCGGGAGAACACCUGACGAAUUUGCAACUAUUGUUCGCAGCUACGACAAACACGACAAAUGCGGCCUCGUGUGGAUACCGCGUGUUGUCGCGUACAGAUGUCGCACGUGCGGCAUAUCGCCUUGUAUGUCGAUCUGUCGCGAGUGUUUCCACCGCGGCGACCACUCGACGCACGACUUCAACAUGUUUUUGUCGCAGGCGGGCGGCGCGUGCGACUGUGGAGAUAAAUCUGUCAUGAAGGAGGAUGGGUUCUGCAGUAAUCAUGGCAAUAAAUGCCCAAGGCCCGGAGAUGUGCCAGCGGCCCUCAUGUGCGUCGCCGAAGCCAUGAUGCCGCGUCUUAUACUGCGUUUGCUACAACAUUUCAGAGAAAACAGUAGCGGUACCCAAACAACUUCAGACAGCUAUAGAAUCACAGUCCAGGAGUGCGAGGGUUACGUGAAAAUGCUGAUGGAGUUCAACAACAUGGGUGAUCUCAUGCGCUCCGCCAUGACUAAGGCACUCAUCAACCCACAGAUGUACCGCAACUUGGUGGAGCCACCGUUCCCGGAAACAGAGUACGGGUGCUAUAUGGCAGAGUCCAACAAGAUGUAUGAGAAAGCUCUUGAAAUGUUCCCCGCGCCCGAACCGCCUGACGAGUAUCGCCAUUUACCAGCGUUGGCGCCUCGUCUCCAACACAACACGUUAUUAGACGAAUUUAUAUUUUGGACAUUUAAAUACGAGUUUCCGCAGAAUGUCGUCUGCUUUUUACUUAAUAUGCUGCCUGAUCAGGAUUAUAAGGAACACUUAACCCGCACUUUCGUAAUGCACUACGCCCGCAUACCUCUAGUUCUCGAAGACGCCGCUGACCCGGACACUUUAUCGAACAGAGUCGUCCAUAUGUCAGUCCAGCUUUUCUCCAACGAAGCUCUAGCCUUGCGAUGCGUCCAACAGUUACAUCUACUCCACGUCAUGGUCCUGUCUCUGCGUCUCAUGAUGGGGAAGAUAUUAGUCCAAAACACUUUACACGAUCCAGAUCAAAAUUUCCACUAUGUGAUCGAUUGUACUCGAAGAGUGAUGAAAGAACAUUGUUACUGGCCACUCGUGUCCGACUUCAAUAAUGUGCUAAGUCAUAAAAGUGUAGCGUUGCUCUUUUUACAAGACGAUGCUCUCGUAGACAUGUGGUUUGAAUUCCUGUCCAUGUUGCAAGGAAUGAACGUGAACAUCCGCGAGGUGGGCGGGCACAUCGAAUUCGAGCCGUCGUCGUACUACGCGGCGUUUUCGUGCGAGCUGGAGGCGGCCGCGUACCCCAUGUGGUCGGUGCUGUCGCACCUCACGCGGCCCGAGCACGCGCCGCUUGCACGCCGCAUCAUCGCCGCCGCGCUCACCUACCUGCAGGAGUGGCUCGACGCCGUGCACUUCACCGCGCCCAUCAUGGAGAGGACGGAGGUGAUGCACGCGUCGUUCCACUUCCCGCUGCACCGCUACCUGGCGGCGUUCCUGUGCGCGGGCGCGCGCUGCAUGGACGUGCGCGCGGCCGACGUGCUGCCGCCGCCCGACCUGCUGGCGCUGCUCGCCGUGCACCCGCUGCGCGUGCAGAGGUUCGGUCGAAGGAGUCGUGAUCCUGGGGUCCUGGGGAAAUUGGAGCUUGUCGUGACUUUGGGCCACACAAAAAUGACUCCAAAAUGA